CCCACUCGGUUCGAUCUAGGCGCGACCAACUUAACCAACCCCAACUUCGCUGUUCAGGGAGAAACAAGAAGGAAGCAAUACAAUGGCGAGCCAGGGACAGGACAUCCGCUACAAGGCUGGUGAGCUCGCCGGCCAAGCUCAGGUGAAGAAGGAUGAGCUGAUGGACAAGGGAAGGGACGCGGCUCAGAACGUGAAGGACAAGGCCAGCAGCGGCAUGCAAGCGGCCAAGGAUGCUGCCAAUUCUGCCGCUGAUAAGUGCUGCAGCGCCGCCGAAAGCGGCAAAAGCGCCGCCAGUGACUGCAAGAACCAGUCUAGUGGAUUUCUCCAGCAGACUGGGGAGCAAGCUAUGAGCAUGGCGCAGGGUGCUGCAGAAGCUGUGAAGAACACUCUGGGCAUUGGAAGUGGCAACAACAAGAGCAGCUGAAGAAGAUGAUGAAGAUGGGAUCUGAUUUUGUUUGCUCCCUUCUGGAGGCCAUUUUCGUGUUCAAGUUGUGUCUGUGAUGUGAGAUUGUGAUGUGUGUGUGUUUUUCCUUCGAGUUUGCAGUUCUGUUGUCGUCGUUGUAAGGUUUUGAUUCAUAAAUUGAUGGGAGCAAUUUUGAUGUUUGGUA